AUGGCGCCUGUGAUACACCAGCUCUCCCAGACCAUCCCGCCAGAUUCAACAUCUUCAGCUUUUAUACCGGGAUCGUCUGGUCCCCGCGUGACAGAAGUCCUAAUUCGCGAAUCUACUGUGAGCAGUAGCGGUAAUUCAGUUACUUUUACGCCGCCCGCAAGCUAUGCAUUCACCGACGAUACGGAUAGCGAUACAAGCGAUACCAGCUCCAGCAGUAAUAGCUCCAGAAAUAGUAGCAGCAGCAAAGAAAGCGGCAGCGGCAUAUCAGGCCCCCUCAAAGGCGCAAUAGCAGGCUCAAUUCUUGGCGCCGCAUUCCUCCUGUUACUACUAUAUUGCUGCUACCGACGAUCGCCCAGAGCAGCAGAAGAACACCGACGAAAACACCGAAAAGAUUCUAAUACCUUGAAAGACUCGCCAGAGCCCGCACCUGAACCAGCCCCAGAGCCAAAGCCAGAACCAGAACCGACAGAACCGCCGCCAGCAUCAAAGAAAAAGAAAACAGUUCGCAUAGCGCCUGGAUCGACACCUCCUCCGCAGUUCACUCUUCAUCCGCAUGUGCGGACGCCUGUCAAGGUGAAGGUGAAACUUUAUCCUGAUUCGGAGGAGGCGAAGGGGAUGUUUUCUCCGAUUGAGCGGUAUACCAUGGAUCUCGCGGCUGGGGCUCAUAUUAGGAUUAAGAGGAGUAAGAGUGGGCCGUCGACUGUGUUUGUUAGUCGGCCUAGGGAUCCGGGCGAGGUUGUUUAA